AUGGCUCGUGGGAAAGGGAGAGGACGCGGGCGGCUACGAUUGGUGCCACCGUCAACACCCAUUCCUACGGUGACUGACCAACAUACUAUGGAGGAGGAAAACGAUGUAGAAGACAAAACACAAACUGAAAUGGUGGACUGUGGUAGCCAGGUGGGGGAGGAAAAAAGGGCAACUGAUACAGAAACCCUAAAUCCCUUGUUUUCUGAAGAAGCUAACAGCGGUGCAGAAGCUAGCCAAAUGAAGGAACUCUGGGUUGACAUUAUCAAUGAAAAUCGCAAUCCGGCAAAGGGACUCACCAUGGAAUUUGUUGCACCAAAGAUUGUUGAUGGAGAAAUGGAAAUUCAAAUUGAAGAAGAGGAUGUUGAGAAGGAAGUGAAAUUCUGGGAAUCCGCUCUUAUCAUGUACGUCUUGGGUGUAGAUCUAAGCAUGAACGCAGUGAAACAGUUUAUGAGCAAAACCUGGAACUUUGUUAAGCUACCUGAUAUGUUUUGUAAUGAGGAAGGUUUCUUCAUCCUUAGAUUCCACUCAUUCCAAUACAAAGACUUAGUUCUGAUGAAGGGGCCAUACUCAAUCCGUAAUCGACCUAUGAUGCUGCGUGAAUGGAAACCUGAUUUUAGUAUGAACAAGGAUAUGCUUAGAACAAUACCGCUAUGGGUGAAACUACCCCAACUUCCCCUCCACCUCUGGGGGGCACAGAGCCUUAGUAAAAUAGGAAGUGCGAUUGGAACUCCGCUGGUAACUGAUGAAUGCACGACAAACAAACUUAGGGUCUCCUAUGCACGAAUUCUGGUUGAAGUUGAUAUUACCUAA